UUGAAGACGUGCGACCAGAGACACGGUUUGAGGAAUACUCGGAUUGAUGUGAUUUAUUUUUCGUCUGUCUAUGAGCAAGAACACGACCAAGUAAAUUAUAUUUGGCGGAUUUAAACAUGCACUUUUUACUAGGGAGAACUCGAGAACGACCUUCAUUCAGGUUGAGCCUUCGUUCGGAUUUGCACUAUCCACAAGUUGGGACACAAGACCCACCUGUUGCAUUUCGCGGCAAAACUCAUAAAACAGACAUGUCACAGCUUGAGGUCGACAUGGCCGGACUGGGUUUCUCCAAAUUACCUGCUGGGUUCGACGCCAACUCCUGUUUCCCUGGCCGAAUACCACCAAGGCGGAGGAGACACUCGGCAAACUCCAGGAGAAACUCGUACAGGUUGAGCAAAAUAAAUACCUUGGAUUUGGAGCUUGAAGUUUACGAUGAUGCCCCUCUCUCCAAAACUCACUCCUGGUCUGCUGAUGAUAUUUUAGCAGAAACAGCGGCAGAGGAGAAAAAGGUGGACUCAUCAGUACCAGCCUCACCUGUCUCAAGCCCGGGAACGAGCACGUGCUCACCUCCUGGUACCCAAGCAUCAGACCCCAAACCACCUUUUGAUACCUGGGACGCGCCACAGCCCAGCUCGCAAGCACAGCCCAGCUCGCAAGCACAGGGCACAAGUUCAGAUUCCGAGGAAGAAAUCACUGACAAAAAGGUAACUUUAUCUCGAGCUCCAUUUGAAAGCAAACGGGAGCAAGAGGAAAAGGAUGAAAUUGAAACCAAAGCCGUGGCGACGUCACCUGAUGGAAGGUUCCUCAAAUUCAACAUUGAAAUUGGGAGAGGGUCGUUUAAGACGGUGUACAAAGGCCUGGAUACGGAGACAACAGUAGAAGUGGCAUGGUGUGAGCUACAGACGCGGAGGCUGACGAAGGUGGAGCGCCAGCGUUUCAGUGAGGAGGUGGAGAUGCUGAAGGGGCUGCAGCACCCCAAUAUCGUCCGCUUCUACGACUCCUGGAAGGACAACUGCAAGGGCCACAAGUGCAUCCUUCUGGUCACCGAGCUCAUGACGUCAGGCACCCUCAAGACGUACCUGAAGAGGUUCAAGGAGAUGAAGCUGAAGCUGCUGCAGCGCUGGAGCCACCAGAUCCUGAAGGGCCUCCACUUCCUCCACACCCGCAACCCGCCCAUCAUCCACAGGGACCUCAAGUGUGACAACAUCUUCAUCACCGGCCCCACAGGCUCCGUCAAGAUCGGCGAUCUGGGCCUGGCCACACUAAAGAGUGCCUCGUUCGCCAAGAGUGUCAUUGGGACUCCUGAGUUCAUGGCUCCAGAGAUGUACGAGGAGAAGUAUGAUGAGGCGGUGGAUGUCUAUGCCUUUGGGAUGUGCAUGCUUGAGAUGACCACGUCUGAGUACCCCUACUCUGAGUGCCAGAACGCUGCCCAGAUCUACCGUAAAGUCACCAGCGGAAUUAAGCCGGACAGCUUCUUCAAAGUAAAAGUCCCUGAGUUGAAAGAGAUCAUAGAGGGAUGCAUCCGCAUAAAUACAGACCAGAGGUACACCAUCCAAGACCUGCUGGAACACACCUUCUUCAAGGAGAACAAUGGCGUCCAUGUUGAGCUGGCUGAGGAGGACGACACGGUGAAGUCUGGCCUGAAGCUGUGGCUGCGUAUGGACGACACCAAGAAGCUGCAUGGGAAGUACAAGGACAACAACGCCAUCGAGUUCCUGUUUGAACUCUACAAGGAUGUACCCGAGGAGGUGGCCCAGGAGAUGGUGGUGCUGGGCUUCGUCUGUGAGGCAGACUACAAGCUGGUGGCCAAAGCCAUCCGGGACCGCGCCACCGCCAUCAAGCGGCAGCGGGAGAAGCAGCGCCGGAUAGCCGAGGAGGCCUUGCGCCAACAACAGGAAACUGUCAUUGAGGAAGAACCAGAGUCGGCCCCCGAGCCAGAACCGCCCACCCCCAAACCUCAAAUAGGCCUUCCCAUCAAACCGCCCAACCCCGCCCUUGUCUCGUCACCCCCUGACCAGAGUCCGCCCACUCCGACGGUGUCGAGGCCGGUGAUGUCCGUGGCUAACGGCUCGGUGGAUUCGGGGAUAAACGCCAGCUUCACAGCAGAGACGGAGGAGCAGGAGGCAGACCAGCGGCUGCACUACAACAUCAGACACGCCAGCUACUCCUCUGCCACAUCCGACUGCGAGAUGGACGGCUACCUGAGCUCCUCUGGCUUCCAGGAUCCCGGGGAUUCCCCUCUCCAGCCUCCUGUUAACUCCGCCCCUUCCUCCAUCACUCCUGUUCCGUUGCCCCUGGAGAUCCCUCGCAUCGAGGCCCUGGCCAUCAAGGCUCCUCCCCCUGACGCUCCACCAAUCCCGAAUCUCUGCUUUCCCUCGAGUAUCGCUGUAUCCAACACUAUCAUGCCCCAGUCAGGAAACGCCAGUGGUUUCUCUUCUCCUGUCGACAGCUAUGCCUCUGAUGUGACGUCAGGCUUGAGUGAUGGCAAUGAGGGCCUAUCAGAAAAGAGUGCCAACAAACGUACCGGUACCAAGCUCUUCAGGAGGAGAGCCCGCUCACGCUUACGAAUCACUGGGUUGUCUGACAAAGUGGACCGUGUGGUGGAGUGUCAGCUCCAGACUCACAACGGUAAGAUGGUGACCUUUAAGUUUGACCUGGACGGAGACAACCCGGAGGAUAUUGCUGCUGUCAUGGUCCACAAUGAGUUCAUCCUUCCCUCUGAGCAGGAGGGCUUCAUCUACCGCAUGCGUGACAUCAUCAAGCGUGCAGAGGCCCUGAUGAGGAGGGGCGAGCCCCUGAGUCUGGGGGACGCUGCCCACCAGCUCUACCCCUACCUCAGCGAAGUGGGCACCCUUUCCGCCUCGCAGCCAAACUUACACGCACAUGGACUGGAACGGACACAUUCCUCUUCAUCUUUGCCCGACUUUGCUGAGGGCAGUGUUGCUCAGCUCCGAGGCUCGUCUCCUGUGGCGCCUGUUGGAGACUUCUACAUCGACCCAAAGGCGGUCCCUUCUGUUCGUCCCCUCCGCUCUCAGUCCUUCCAGACCACGUCAAAUUCUUCCCAGACCUUCCACCCGUCUGCUUCCCAUUACUCCCAGUAUUCCCACCCCGAGGCCGUGCCCCCCAUGAUGCCCCUCAAUCAGCUGCCUCCCCUGCCCCAGCAGUACCCCAAGCCCCCCUAUGUCCCCAACACCCACUUCCCCUUCCCUUACCCUGUCACCCAUAACUCCUCAAAGCCCACCAGCGCCACCUUCACCCCCGAGACCCUCCACCGGGUCCUAAGCAACUCCAACCUCUCCUCCUCUUCCCCAUCCCCUUCCUCCUCCCCGGCCAAGCCGGCCACCCCAGGGCAGCAGCAGAGGGGUGAAACGUUACCUCUGAGCGGUGAGGUAGUGGGCAGUACCCCCCAGUCUACCCCUCCAGCUCAACAGCAGCAGAACCCAGGCAUGUGGCCCCCAAACAGCCACAACCAGCCCCUCUUUUCCCUGGCCAACGUGUUGUCCCUGGCCAUGAGCGUGGCCCAGUCCUUCAUGCCCCCCACCUCCAUGCCCAGCGGUCUGAACCCAGCCCAGUCUGGCUCCUAUCACCCCUCCAUGUUUGGCCCUCCCCAGCUGAUGCCAGGGGAGGGCCCCUACCAACCCCAGGGCAAGAUAACAGCAGGCCAGUAUCUGGACAUGUGCCAGCAGUAUGCAGACACCCAGGCUCUGCACCAACAGAGCCUGUUGAAAGCCAACGUAGUCCCAGGGUCACCCCAGCCUGGCGGACUAGUGGAUGGGACUGCUUUCAGGCAAGCUGGCUCCAGCCUCUCUCCUCCAGGAUCCAGGGCGAGUCCCCAGAUGUAUUGCCAGCUGGGGCCCAGGGUGGGGUUCCAGGAGCAGACAGACAGCUCAGCCUCCACCUCUAUCACCAGCUCCCCCUCCUCCUCAGCUCCAGACAGCCCACAGAGCACCGUGUCUUCACCCAGGCUAAGAACCUCUUCACCCCUGGUGGUGUCAGAGUCGGGAGCAAACGCUGCCAAAAACAGACUGUCACCUAUCUCUGAGGAGAAAAAGCCUACAGUUACCGUCGGCCGUUUCCAGGUCACACCCAGCAGAGAGAUCCCUGCAGCCUCCGCUAGCCCUGCCCAGGAUCCUCCCCAAACCCACCCACAACACCAAACCCCGCCCACAGUCACCGUUAGCACCACCCCUUCCUCCCGGGACAGUGAAUCUGAUACCAGCACCGAGGAGCAGGGGGGCGAAUCAGAAAGCAGCAUUAGCACUGUAACCGUGUCCCCUCCCCAGCGAUCCCCCGGCGGGCCCCUGUGUAACAUAGACAUCGCCCACUCCUUGUCUGGAGGCCCUAAGCAGACAGAGCAGGAGGACCAGCAGGAGAGUGAGGAGGAGCCCGACAAAGAGCCCGACAAGGAGCCCGACAAGGAGCAAAAGGAGGGAGAGGAGGAUGAGGAGGAGGAGCUGAGGAGAAGGGGGGGCCGGAGGCUGAGCCUGAGCCUGUGGGAGGGUACAGCGGGGAGCCCCCAGUUUAGCGGGAGCAACCUGAACCAGCCCUGGAUGAGCUACACACGCAGCGCCUCGUAUGUCAGCAGUGACGAGACAGAGAGCGAGGACGAGAAUAUGUGCGAGGAGCUACAGGAACUCAGGGAAAGGCACCUGUCAGAGGUGCAGGCCCUCCAGCUCACUCAGAAGAGGGAGAUUGAGGCACUGUAUGAGCGGAUGGGAAAGGUGCCUCCCCUUGGCAUCAUGUCCCCCGCCGCCAUGCUCAACAACCGCCAGAGGCGCCUCUCCAAGAGCGGCAACUAUCCCGGCUCGCGUAGGAACAGCCUGCAGAGACUGGAUAUACUGCCCCCUGCAGGGAUCAUGCGUAAAAACUCAGUCAGUGGCAGCAGCAGUGGCUCUCAGGAGAGGUCCAGUAAAGGGGUGACCUUUGCCCCCGACUACAACCGGAUGUGAGACUCGUCUCCCUAUGUGAUCCAGAGGACAGGGGGUUGGGGCAGGUGAUACUGUGGCCAGCCGCCUCCCCUCCCAACCACCAACCAGGAAGAGAGGGAGCCCAAUGAUGACCAAUAAGUUGCCAAGCCCAGUGCUGAACAGAUAGCUCCCAGCCUGAGCCUUGGGAUGGGGAAACCGGAUGGCCAGAAGACAUGGGCCUUUUCUCAAUUGGAUUUGCUCAACUCCUGCAUCCUCUGUCCUCUCUCCUCUGUCCUCUCCUGCCUCCUUUUGAAAAGGGUAAUUGAGGAGAGGUAGCAAGGAGAGUGAACGAGGACGAAAAUGCGCUUGUAAGAAAUUAGACUUCUUCUCCACUCAGGCAAAUGAUGUUUACAGGGGUGGAUCCCAAAACAAAUGUGUAGAGUGAUAAAAACAAAUGAAGUUAGUUGUUCAAGACAUUUUAUAGAUACAACUAUACGUAGCAUAUUGUUUGUAAACAUGUGCAUGCUUUUCUCCAUCAAAAAAACAAAAGCUGAUUCAAAGGGGGUGUGGCAGAUUUCAAAAUUAUUCCGUGAAGGACUCAGGUAGGACACACAUGACUAUCAUCCAUGAAAGAUGGCUAACAAGGAGGAAGAAUACACUUCUGUUUGCCUCGACCACUUAACAGUUUCUGAGUCACGGAAGAGAGAGGACGAAGGAGAGGUUGGAGGACGGACUUUAUCCCAAAUGAGAAAAGGCCAUGGUCAUCCACACAAUGGGCCUCACUAAACACUCCUAACGACGAUAGAUAAGGAUCUCAUUGUCAGAGCACCAAAGCACCCUAUCUGCCAUCUGGUUCAUGUGCAAUACCAUGAGUUAGUAUUGUGACACCAAGCCAAGGAAGUCCCCCUCCCGAUCUUAAGGAUGCUAAGCUUUUAUAGCUGUGUGUAGCGUCAGGUCAAAUGGAAAGUGAGGAUAGGAAGGCUAAAGGUGUGUGUUCCUGCGUGUGCUAGCCCUGGAAAACACACAUCCCAGAAGCCCUGCUCUCUCCUGCACCUCGUCAUCCAACUGCUGCAAGCAGGAACUCCCCUUAAUACAAUAUGACCCUAUUCAAUCCGAAGUGCUGAAGUUCUGCUUAAUGUUGCGAUUGACAACUAAAGGCAAUGUUCCUGCGGUCACGGAGACUAUUCACGGUAAACGCUGCAUGUCUGCUCAAUCUGAAAAAAACGUAACAUUUUUACGCGGGUCAUCUGCAAUACUUCGACGAUAUGCAUUGAAUCCAGCCCUAGCUAGACAGUGUUUUACUGUCCAGAUGUUAUGAAUCAGGAGAUAAGAUAGCUUUAGCAGGAUGAGAUGUAAUCAUUGCCUUCAAAACAGUGUAUUUGUAGGGUUUAUAAUAUUGCGUAAGGAAUGAGAUGAACAAAUAUGCAUCUAUCUAAUGUAUUGACCGGCAAGUCAGGUAAGCAGUUUUCCAUUUUGUAGCCCCGCUUACUUGGUGUGCCUGGCGAACUAAAUCAAGUACACCUAAAUAAGAGUCAAUCCAAGCUGCCUGCAAGUAUCAGCAAAACAUCAGAGCUGUCUUUGGUGUAAACAAAUGUUAAUGAAGCAACACAAAUCACACAUGGUGCAUGAAAAACUAAAUGUCACUUUAUUGAACGUACACUGAACAAAAAUAUAAACGCAACAUGUAAAGUGUUUGUCCCAUGUUUCAUGAGCUGAAGUAAAAGAUCCCAGAAAUGUUCCAUAUGCACAAAAA